AACGGUGAAAAGAACUCGGAAAACCUUCAGAGACACGGAAAUCCUUCAAAGCCGCGCCCGUCCACUCCGGCUUUUGCUGCCUGCAUUGGCGUCAGCGACCUCGCGCGCAGCACAGCACAGCCAGCAAGCUACCAACCACCACCCAGCACAGGGUAGGAAAGCAGCACCUUGAGUUGGAGGGAGCCGGCGAGACUCCCUCCUGGCUCGACUCCGACACGGGCGCUCGCCAUGUGUUCGUCCAAAUGCUUCUGCAGACUGCAGGCGCAAGCGCACGCGUCAGUAGAACUUCUUUGUUCUUUCAAGAGCAAAAUUAAGAUGGACAUUCUCUGCAUGAUGACUACUCCGUAGAUGAGAACAAUACGUCACCGAAAUGCUGAGAUCAGCUGCCCGGUUUGAGGCCGCGGUGCGUCACUUGAUAGACGUCCUAUUGUGUGAAGAUGCAUACAGUCACAUCAGCUUCAGACUACCUGGUGUACGACCUUGAAUUCCUUUCCUUGGUGGUUAUGCGGACUUGGGGACACAAAAUUGGUGUGAAGUGAACCACAGGGCCUUCAUUUCUUAUCAUCAAGAUGGCAUGAUUGCAGUCAUCCUUUUGUUUUACUUAUUACUUACUUAGUAUAUGCUCGUGCAAUCAUACACUUUAGGAUACAAUAAUGCCACAGUUUUUCUCCAGUAAUAAUGUAGCAUGUUCAUGCUUCUGUUGAGCAUGAACUAUUUCCCACAAACAGAGAGAGAAAUCCAAAGCACUUUUUUCGGUAAUUUUUGUUACAUUGGUGUUGAAGAAUAGAAGGUGUUUCUUGUUAAGGAACCAUUUGUCUGGUAUUUAUACCUGUACACCAGCCACGCAAAGCAUCACUGUUCUCUGAGAAGAGAGACUGCACCUUCUGUCAACACUAUCCUUGCACUCCUGCAGAAAAUUUCACUAUUCACGGAAACUACCAGAACAAUAGAAACAUAUGAUUCUACAGAACUUGAUGUCUACGAGUUUAUUCCUAAUGAGUUUGUUGGUUCUUUUGCUUGACUCUAACCCCUGCACAGCUCUCUCAUGGAGGAACAAUAGCUUAGUGGAUGAUAUUGGUGUACCGUGUCCAAUUUCUCCGCAUCCCUUUACUAUGUGCAAGUCAGAGGCAGAAGCUUUCGGCUAUCCAUGUGAAGAUCACAAGGUCACAACAGAAGAUGGAUAUAUUCUUAGUUUAAAAAGGAUUCCUCAUGGUCAUGAUACCGAUAACUCAACCGGGGAUCAGAAGACAAGGCAACCAAUACUGCUAUUCCACGGGCUUUUUGUGGAUGGCGUUUCUUGGCUACUGGGUACACCAGAACAAUCACUUGGCUUUAUUUUGGCAGACGGUGGGUUUGAUGUUUGGCUAGCGAACACUCGUGGAACUAAUACCAGCCGCAAACAUACAUCGCUGUCCCCAAAAAAUCCGGCUUUCUGGGAUUGGUCGUGGGACCAAAUUGCUGAAUAUGAUCUUCCAGCCGUGCUUGAGUUUGUUUAUCACCACACAGGACGUCAAAAAGUCCACUAUAUCGGUCACUCACUGGGAACCUUGAUUAUUCUGGCAGCCUUCUCUGAGCACAAGUUACUACACUUGGUUCGAUCAGCUGUGUUGCUCUGCCCAAUUGCUUAUCUGAGCAGAACUAGAUCCGAUCUCACCCGGCUUGCUGCUCAAAUGUUCCUGGCAGAAGCAGUUUACUUGAUAGGUAUUCAUGAGUUCAAUCCUGUUGGAAAAGCUGCAGCUGAACUUCUAGCCAAAGUAUGUGGCGACCCUACAGUUGACUGCACGGAUGUAUUUUCUGCUCUUGCAGGACCGGACUGUUGCCUCAAUAAAUCUACUACAUGUGCCUUCAUGCUGCAUGCUCCACAGCCUACGUCUGUCAGAAACCUUAUUCACUUGUCGCAGAUGGUCAGAAGCGAUGGGAUCAGAAGGUACGACUAUGGCAAUGCCAAGGAAAACAUGAAGCAUUACAAGAUGCCACGCCCUCCGCUGUACAACCUCUCAUCCAUUCCAACCCAUGUCCCGAUGCUCCUGACGCAUGGCGGCCAGGACUUCCUUGGCGAUGUCCCUGACACCAGGCACCUCCUGAGGACGCUGGUCAGAAGCCAUGACGCCGAUAACAUUGAGGUGCAAUACUUGCCCGACUACGCUCAUGCUGACUUUGUGAUAGCCUAUAAUGCUCCACGCCUCGUAUAUGAACCGAUGGUCGACUUCUUUAAACGUCACUGAGGGUUACUACUUCACGUCUCUUCAUGAUCAGCUUCAGCUGUAAUUUGGUUCCAGCCUAUGCAAUCGGAACUUCAACUUGCGUAUAAGUUGUCAAUGUAUAUGGCCAGUCAAGCCAUAGUAUAUGCCUAUAUUUAUCAGGCUGAUCAUGCUAGAGAGUAAACUAUGAUCAAAUAUAUAUUCGGUCCCAUAGAACCAAUUGAUCCAGCAUAUCCUAUGUGGUAAGUACGAAAAGUUAUAUCAGACAAUUGUUUGAAGGUCCCAAACUUCUGAAGAAAAUGUUGUUGAACCUUCUCAGCUA